UUUAUUUUCUGAAGCACUAUAUGUCAUUCAGUAAUAGUUUGAGCUCUAAGCAGUUAGUCCAGUGAUACUAAUAUAGAAUGAAAGUAUUUUAUCUUUUGUUACUAGUUGUACCCACUAUAUUGGCGCAAAAUAAUGAGCCAAGCACGACUCCAGCUUGUCCCGUGAAUGAAGUCUACAAAACAUGUGGCCCUAUUGGAUGUCAGUUGAGCUGUGCAAUGUAUUUAGCUAGACGGAGUUGCCCAUUUUUGAGUUUGAGAUGCGGCCAUGGAUGCUAUUGCAAAGACAAUUAUGUUCGCUCAAACAAUGGAGCUUGUGUACCACAAGAUUCAUGUUAAUUUAAUGGAAAUCAAUAAAUUUAAUCCAACUUCAAUAAAUUUAUAUUUAAUAAAAAUUAACAA